CAGCAGUCAGACCUGCUCUCUAUCUCUAGCUGCUCUGCCUCUCUGCAGCUCCACACAGUUUGGUGUAGACUUUCAAGAUGGAUGCUUUCGCCUCGAUAGGUUUCUGUUUCUUUUUCGAAACGAAGAUCUCUACACGCGUUGAUCAUACCCCCGCAGUGAAGACUGGUUAACCUUUAAUAACUAAAACGGGUUUACAUCGUGAUAAACGUGGAUUUAAGGAGUGGAUUGGCGUUGUUUUCUACGUGUUUCGCGGACUGGUCGCUUUAUUUUGUAACUUCCUGGUUUGUCGCAUUUUAUAAUAUGUCUGUUGUUGAAACUGCGGAGAAAGAUCAAGUUACUUUGAAAGAUUCACUGGAUGCAGGGUGUAUUUAUAUCUCCGUUAUGUUUAAAACCAAAGAGGAGUGUUUUCAACGAAGGCUGAAGGCAGAAAGACAGAUUUCAUAAGCGAUGGAAAGUGUGGCUGGUGGAGCCUCGAGUAAAGGUGUUUUAGUGCCUGUCUCAGAAACUUCUGUCGUCUUUCAAAACAAUAUCUUGGCUCCACUUAAAAGUGCGUACUUGUAUGAGGAGUCAAAGCAGUCCUUCAGAUACAAGUCUGCAGUCCUGGUGAAUAACAAGGCUCAGGAAGAAAAGUAUUGUGCUUUCCGAGCAAAGAGGAGAGAGGAAGGAUAUUCAGAGGAGGAUCUGAAGGAGUCUUAUGGUUUUUUGCUAUUUGAUGAUGUCAACAAGGCUAAUGCACUUGGAGAAAGUGGUGUGCUCAAUGGAAACAGCACAUGCACAACGCUAGGAGAUCCCUCGAACGGUGUUUACAUAUCAAUGUACUCUGACUGUUUGGAUCUAAAUCGCUGGUAUCAUGGGAAAUCUGGAUACAUUGCCAUCAUCAGGCUGACAAAGGGUAGAGUUAAAAAGGUUUUGGAGAACUACACCCAGAAUUUCACUGCACCCACUGUGGGGUUUGACUGUCAUGUGUCUGAACAGUUGCCUUCAGUAUCUGCCAAAACCAGCUCCUUCCUUGCCUUUGAGAGAACCCAGUAUUACAUGUAUGAGCUGCUAAAUGAUGGAAGCGAUGUGACGACUCAGUCUCCCAGCGCUGCCUGUCCUUUUGCCAUUGUAUCCUUUUCAUAUACGGAUACCAAAGCAACACUUGAGGCACCACAGGAGAAAAGUGAGGAGAAAAAACUCGCUGGUCAUUACCUUCUGUGGAAGGGUCAGCUUCAAAUAGGCACCCAGUUCUAUGAUGUUGGUCUGAGGUCUACAGCAGGGGCCUUGAUCCCUGCAGAACUGCCACCAGUGGUGAAAAUUGACCGAGCCAUUUCUAUGUUGGAUCUGCGACAGCUGUUGCCAAAGGCUGUCUUUGAAACUUGCUUCUCUCGUGAAGUCUUUCUGGAUGGUUUAUACUGCAGUCUGUGUGAGCUGGUGUCUUCUGAGGCGGAAGACACCAGCUCACUCUCUCUACUUCUGCGGGAGAUCAAGGAAAAAGAUCUUGCUCUCACUAUUCAGCUGAAUGAUGGUGGUUUUCUUAUCCUGUUGCACCCCUCCCAUUUCCUCACAUAUGAUGAUACUGGGUCCAGUGCAACUGAUGUCCUGCAAGGCAUGUUUGUGUUUCCAGUCUCACAAGUUAUACAGAGAGACACAAAAUCUGGCCACAGGAAGUGUGCCAUGUCAUCUGAAAUCCUGCAGGUCCUACCGGUGCUAAGUUAUGCAGAGGGCGAAGUUGAGAAAGCACCCAUGGACCCAGGUGAAGAACUGUGUGAAGUCUUGACGCAGCAUAUGCAGAGUUACGCAGCACUGAUAAAUCCUGGGUUGGCAUCAAGUCCCUCUAGGGAGGUCAGCAUGUUUCCAGAUCAGUAUGAUGUGCCGGAUGCCCACAAGCACCUCUACUCAUCCCCGGAGUGGACUAACAGGGCAUGGCAAAGCUUCAAGUCAUACCUGAGCAAACCAGUCUCUUUUCAACUGCCAGUGUCCAAGGCUUCAGAAAUCCUGGCGGCUGGAAAAGAGGAGCGAAUAGAAGACCUUGAUGAUGAUGUCUACAUCUGUCUGUCAUCUCCUGAGGAGGUACCAACCAAUCCUGUUAAUAUGGAGUCAGAAGACCAGUUGACAGGCCAGAGAUCUCCUGUAAAUGUUGAAACAUCUGUGGACAGUUGUAUAACAAGCACCGAAGCACAAGUUGACUCAACAGCUGUGCCUCAAAAUGUUGCACCAGAUGAUUUGCAAGCGGGAGAUGCUUCCAAAGGCAUUUGCAAAUCUGAUCAGACUAUGCUGAUUAAAACUGAUGACAUGGGGGCAAAAAAUCUCCUGAUUCCCUCUACAUCAGAUGAACUUCCAGCAGAGCUGAUUGUCAGCAUCACUUCGGCAGAGCAAGCUGUCACUGAUGAGAGUUUAAGUAUGAUCAAUGCUGUUUCUGCAACAAAGCAUAAUGACUUUCAGCUUUCUGGUUUUCCAACAGACAAAUUGCAAAUGGCAGGAGUGAACUCUCUGAAUGAUGAGACUGCUACAACCAAAACGAUUUUGGAUUGCCCUGAGGUCACCAAUCUCACAAAAACAAAACAGAGGAAACUACGCAGGGGACAGUCCAAAGUUCAGAAAAGGGUAUCUAAAGCUUGCAUUGAGACUCCCAAUUUACAAAUACCAGUGGAGGAUGUCAACUUGAAGAGUCAGAAGGAAGACCUGGCCAAGGAAUCAUCACCUCAGUUGAGUAGUCCUUCAACUGUUGAUCAGAGGAAAGUAGGAAGGAGAAAGCGCAACUUUAGAAUGCCAUCGUCAAAAUAUUUAAAUUUGAGAUCUGCUUCCGUUGGAUUAGAAGAACCAGAGGAGCAAAAAACAGACCCUGGACAGGAGAGCUUGGAAAGCACCGUUUUGAUGGACCUUGAAGCUUUUCCUCUGAGAAAGAAAACAGAGCGUUGGGACUUAAAGCCGGUCAUCAGCGAAUGUGGAAGAAUCUUGGUUCCUCAUGGGUCUGUAGAUAUUGCUGAUCUUAAGUUUUUAAAGGCGAAGCUUCAAUCUAGAAAAGACGAACAGUGCCCUGAAAAAAUGUUGGUUGAUACCUCUGUGAAUGCUCAUGGCACAGUUGAAAUCCAGCAAGAGUCUAGAACUGCUUUAGAGACAGCAGUGGGCGAAACAGAGGCCACAACAUCCAAGGAUGGAGGGAACCAUCUUCAAAAUGUUGUCGUCAGUGACGUGAAUCCUGAACUCAGUAUUUUGAGAUCGUCAGAUGAUGGCAAUGGUUCAUUGACUUUGAAUCGAGAGAGUAGUGAACAUUCUUCCAAGACUGAUGGUACGGCAACUCCUCCCUCAGAAGCAGUUAAGGAAAAACUCACUGAAAAGAUUGCUGCAAAGGGUGAAUUUCUGUUGAGUAAAUUAAAAUCAGUUCUUCUAAGAGGAAAGAGAAAAACGGAUCUCCUUGGGGAAACAACUGCAGAUGGUGCCCAAGACGCUGAGCCCUGUCUCAAGAAGGGCAGAGUUGACUCACAAACUGGGAUGCUGAUGAGUAACUAUGCAAUUACAAGUGUCCAGGACGCCAAUGUCAAGGACGUUUCAAAGAUGCUGUCAGUUGACCCUCUUUUUGCAUAUGCCCUAGGCCUGACCCCAAAAGAGCCACCAGAUAAGGUUACAGAGGGUCAGGAUACUCAACAAAGGAAAGACUCUUCAAAGACACAAGAGCAAACCAUUUUAGACGAACAACCUCAAAUCCUACAUAGGCCUCCAUCAAUCUUUCCAAGAAGGGGAAGGAUUAAAACGCUCAAAAAGCAUCAAGGCAUCUCUACAGAAUAUGUCAAAAAGAAAUGGUGGUUGCAUUUUCAAACCCCAGCUUGUUUUGCCAGUGAAAAACUCAAAAACAAAGAGUGUACUAGGGAUAAUUCUGUCAGGAAGACUGUUAAGGAAAAAAUGACCAGUGCUUGCUCAUCUACAGAUGCUUUGAACUUACUUGCUGACUUGGCACUCGGUGCCAGUAAUGACCAGGUUCCACCACAGCCAGACCCAGCACUUGGGAGAAAACCUGAGACAGGUUUGAAGAAGUGUGACCUUACAAAAGAUGUUACCAGUGCUGAACAAGAGUCAGUUCUUCAUGCUCUGCUUAGACAGCCUGCUGCUGCUGCUAGACCCACGCAGCCUCUUGAGUCUCCUACACCAAGCCAUCUUGUGGGAGGCACUGAAUUGGUUGAUUUGGUAUCUAAAGAACAUGCUUACUCAUUGCCCCCGUCUUCCUCUCUACUGUUGGGUUUGCCAGGUACACCCUUCCAGGUAUCCCCUUUAAGUGGUUCUACCAGACUGCUGCACCAUCACCACACAUUGUAUGGCAAUGGAAUUAAAACACUACACCCCUCUGUCGGCCAGAAAGACAGAAAUGAUCAAAACUGCAGAACUCCAGAAUGCCUGAAAAAACACAUGGUGUGCAGAAGAAAGUUCAGACAGACCCGUACCUUUAUUGACCAGGAUGGAUCUAUCCAAGUCACGAAGCAAUGGGAAGAAAACUAUGACUUUGAUCUAGACAGCAAGUUUACAAGUGACCCAAAGGAUAGAACUAUCGUCCGAGCCUUGCAUGGCCCGUGGGAUUUCUCCAUGCAAGACACCAGUGAAGAGGUGCGGCUCAUUGUCCACAUGUGGAUAGGUCUGUUCUACAGCCGGUCAACAGCCAGGUUCUUUCAUGACUCGUACCCAUGUUCAGAAGAGAGUGAUUCUUUGGAAAUGCCCAGUGCAAUGGUACCAGCCCCAGCUCAGUCUGAUCUCAAGGCCAAUUCAUUUGCUCCUUUCCCGAGUACAACAGACACUGCAGACCCUUCGAUUUCAAAAGCUUUGGACCUCAGCAAAAAAGACAACUCUGUGUUGGACCAAGGAUCUGUGGUUUUGGACUUGUCACUGAGAAACUCCAAUGCAGAGAUAGUCACUUCAGAUCCACAAGUCAACAGAAAAGAGACUUCUGUGUCCAGCGAUGGGAAAGAAGCUAGUGAAACAUUGAACACACUCAAGUCAUCCGUGGAGCUACAGGAAGCAAUUCAGUGUCAGAAAGAGACGGUACAGUCAACAGAGAUUAUUAACGAGGUGAAUGAUGUCCGAAGCGCCUCUGAAAAUAAGAAGAGUUGUACCCCUUCGCAAAAAACUGGGAGCUUGGAGCACACGAAAGGACCAUCUUGUAAAGGUGAUGGAACAUUCAUUCUUGUACAAGAAGCGAUGGAAAGUGUAUCCGUUCAGCCAGAAAAUGAUCAGACUGCUUCAGGAAUUGGCUACUUGUUACAUGGAUGCAGCAAUGAGAAGAGGGAUAUGAAAGAUGGCAUUGAAAAUUCUGAAGCUACAGAGAUGAGUUUAUUGCAAAAACAUGGAAGGGAUUCAUCCAAAUCUGUGACAGACAAAGAGGUAGUCUCCAACAAAGCAGCAAGUGAUGUGGUUCAUACAGUUGAGCAUGAUGAAAAUGAAUCCAAACAUAGGGAAAGCUGGAAAGUGAAAGAAAAGACAUACCAAGAAGGCAAUGUAGAACCUUCUCCAAAGUUGAUUCAUACAAAUGAUGAUUCCACAAACAAAGAAUCAGGUAUAUUCUACAAUGGAAAUCUUUUGGAAAAUGAUAAGCAGUUAUCUAGAGAGGAGCCUAAAGCAAUCUCACCAGGCAAGGCUGACAAUGUAAAUGAAGAUGUGGAUGAUUGUACAGUACACAAAGGUAAAGUGAUGAAACAUGAAGAUCACUUUGAAAGAGAAGAUGGACUUGAGGAGAAAGACCGUUGUGUUUCACCUGUGCAAGCCGACAGUGAUUUGAGUGAUCAGCCAAAUAGGGAAAACUGGAAAGUGAAAGAAAAAACAUGCCAAGAAGGCAAUGUAGAACCUUCUCCAAAAUUGAUUCAUACAAAUGAUGAUUCAACAAACAAAGAAUCAGGUAUAUUCUACAAUGGAAAUCUUUUGGAAAAUGAUAAGCAGUUAUCUAGAGAGGAGCCUAAAGCAAUCUCACCAGGCAAGGCUGACAAUGUAAAUGAAGAUGUGGAUGAUUGCACAGUACACAAAGGUAAAGUGAUGAAAUGUGAAGAUCACUUUGAAAAAGAAGAUGGACUUGAGGAGAAAGACCGUUGCAUUUCCCCUGUGCAAGCUGACAGUGAUUUGAGUGAUCAGCCAGAUAGGGAAAACUGGAAAGUGAAAGAAAAAACAUGCCAAGAAGGCAAAGUAGAACCUUCUCCAAAAUUGAUUCAUACAAAUGAAGAUUCAACAAACAAAGAAUCAGGUAUAUUCUACAAUGGAAAUCUUUUGGAAAAUGAUAAGCAGUUAUCUGGAGAGGAGCCUAAAGCAAUCUCACCAGGCAAAGCUGACAAUGUAAAUGAAGAUGUGGAUGAUUGUACAGUACACAAAGGUAAAGUGAUGAAACAUGAAGAUCACUUUGAAAAAGAAGAUGGACUUGAGGAGAAAGACUGUUGUGUUUCACCUGUGCAAGCCGACAGUGAUUUGAGUGAUCAGCCAGAUAGGGGAAACUGGAAAGUGAAACAUGAAGAUCACUUUGAAAAAGAAGAUGGACUUGAGGAGAAAGACCGCUGUGUUUCACCUGUGCAAGCUGACAGUGAUUUAAGUGAUCAGCCAGCACCUAUGAUGUGUGAUGGCCCAGACUCAUUAAAAAAGGACUCCAUCACAGAGAGUAAUCCAGAACCACCAUUGGAUGAGCAACCACCUCAAGCUGACAACGAAGACGAUGCCUGCCAUGAUUUGCAGUUGAAAAAGCUGUGUGCAAAUGGCAGUGGGUUGACAGAUGAACCUGCCAUUUUAGAAAAAUGUCCUCCCGCUCCAUCAGAAAUGGAGCAUAUUUCUGCUGAAACUGCAGUUGGGAAAAGUUCAGAAAAUGAUAUUUGUUUGGCAGCAAAGACAGAAUUACCCAUGUCUGAUGAGAACAACUGUUCAUUAGAUGGGUCUGUUCCCCAGACAAAUGGCAGUGUUGAAACAGGAAGCCCAAACAAAGUAAUGGCAAACUUCAAUCAGACAAGUGAUUAUCAUGAAAAUCUGGAUACCAAAGCAAUUGAGGGAGAGCAAAAUGUUGAUAACACAACUGAAAAAGAACCAUUUCAUCAUCAGUCUCAUUCACCUCAGUGUGAAGCUGAAGUGGCACUAACUAAAGAAACAUAUCUCAAACAGAUCGACAAAACAAAUGAGGGAUUGGAAAAGAUCCAUAAUGUGGUUGUAAUUCCAUUUAUUGGAAUAGACACCUCAGGAGAGGAUACAAUACAACCACAUGUCUCACACUCACAAGGCAAGAUUGAAGAAGUUGUUCAAUGCCAGGAAAAAAUACCAUUCAUCAGUGAAACUACCUACCCUGAAACUGUCCAACCCACAGAGGUAUGCAGUACAUCUCAAAUGUACAGUCAAAAGGCAGAACUGUCUGCUGGCAAAAUAUCACUUUCACAUAUUGAUGCAAGUGAAACCAACCAGCCAGUGGCUUCGGAAAGUGAGUCUGAUGACCGGUGUUCUACCCCAACUAUGGAUGAGAAACCAUAUGAGUACUUAACUUGCUCUGGCCCAAGUAGUACUAGUGCUUCUGCUUUUAGUGGUCAUGAAACCUUCAAAAACUUGACUCAGAAAUCACCUAGCAGAGGCUCAACAUCCAUGAAGGAGGACAUGCCUCACAAGUCUACUGUUAACAAGGAUGCCAACCUUCAUCAUCUUCACCCUGAUCUUGAACUAAGAACUCUAAGAGUUCUACAAAGUAUAGACAAGUUCCUCUCCAAAUCAAGCCACACUGACACUUCCAGCCAGAUGAAAACAGCUGAUAUGAAACACUCUCUUGAUCAAACCCCUUACCCCAGAAGCAAGUACAUCCCCACUUGCUUAGCCUCAAGCCAUACCUCAUCUGACUCUAAGGACAAGAAAAUUCGCAAUACAACACCAGCAGUGGUGUCGGCCUCUACCUCACAAGAACUGCACACAGAAUCAACAGGUCACUUUCUUAUAUCACCUUUCAAAAGUAAAUUAGAGGAAGUACUCGGUGUAAAGUUGCAGCUACAAAAAACUGACUCAGUUCAUCAACACUAUUUUGAAAGAACAGAUAAAUUACAGGAAACCUCCGUAAGGCGAGAUUGUCAUUCUUACAGAUCUGUUCCCUCUACUGAGAGUUUGCGAGCCAUUAAGCCAAAUAUUGACCAAGAUAAACUCAAAACAACAUCACAGACCAAUUUAAGUCAUGAGCCACAUUCAUACAGUCAGCGUCCUGUCAUGGCAGUGAAACCAUCUAAGAGUGAUGAAAAUCAAGCAGAUUACAUGUCUAAAGACAGACAAAUUGAAAACACUGUAAUGUCACAUAAAAUCCCCCUAAUCACAUGCACCAUACCCACUACCAUGCUCUUGGAGAAAAAGACAGAACGUCUCAAGAGAACUUCUGAAGGACUAAAUGAUGAUAAGCAAGAUGCCAGUGAGCUUCCUUCAAAGAGCAAUUGGUUUUCAAAUGUUAGUGCCAGUAAGCCUAACUCUGAUCAAGCUAAAUUUGUAUGUCUAGAUCCCUUAUAUCAGCACAAAGGAAGGGACUUUUCAAAAUUCAACAAGAUUCCUUCAUCAUCUCUCCCCUUGCAGUCUUUUGAAUAUGCAAAAAGUUCCUCUAAACGUGUUGAUGGAAACCAAGGUGUCAUGACUUUUCAUGAGCAAGUCGGGCAAACAACUAAGGAGUGCAUUGCGAUGGAUCAGAAAGACUGCUCAGACGCAUCAACCUCACAUGCUGAUUUCAAAGAUGGUGGCAUAAUCGAUGAAAGUCUUUACUUGGGACCUCAAAGCUCACUCAUGUGUACGGUCUAUAAUACGAGCCAGAAGAGAUCUUAUUCUUUUCUGGAGCAGGUUUCUCAGAGGUGCCUACAAGAUGACCCCACUGAGGCGUCAAUGGAGAAGGAGAGCCUUAUCUUCUCGGAACAAAUGAAACAGCUUUUGAAAAGGACUAAGAGGGAACACAACCGCCAACAGGACACACAUGACAAACAGAAUUUGUCUUGUGCCAGUCCUGUGACUGUGCACUUUUGCAGUCUAGAGGAGCAGGAGGAUUCAGUGGAUCACUUGAAUGCACAUUUGGAUGCACCGUCUCUUUUUGGACAAAAAAUCAAGGUAGACAUGUCUGACAGGAAAUACCUGACAGACACCACAGAGGAAGAUAAGACUUUGCAUCCUCAAAAAAUAUCUCAAGGAACAGGGAACCCAAUGGAACAUGCUGGAGUUUCCGGUGUGACUUCAGAGUGUACCAGGGUGUAUGAGGCAAUGAUGAAUGAUGUUUGUGCUGUCAAAACGGUCCCAUCUAGACCUAAGCACUUCAGAAUGGAUGGAGUUUAUCCAAAGACUGAACCAAGUUACCAUUUUGACUUCUGUGAUGAAAUGAAGAAAGAGAUGGAGAGUUUCCGCAGUAGUCUGAAUUCAGUCGUGAAGAAAUCCUGCAAAACAAAGUACAGAUUCUACAUAUUAGUCACGUCAGAUGAUGCCUUCUUCGAGGAAACCAAGGCACAUUUAGAAGCAGAGGGCCACACUGCUGUACAGCCAUCUGAGUUCUUCCUUGGUGAGGAUAGUUCUUCAUCUCUACUCAUCAUCCUCAGGAAUGAAGACAUUGCAGAGCACAUUUGUGAGGUCCCACAUUUGCUCGAGCUGAAGAAGUCACCAGGUGUGCACUUUGCUGGAAUCGACGAACCAGAUGAUGUUGUGAAUCUCACCCAUCAGGAGCUCUUUACGAGAGGUGGCUUUAUAAUGUUCGACAGAGCAGCACUGGAGCCCCUCAGCCUUUGCAACCUGAAAAAAAUGUCAGAAAUCUUGCAAGAGCUAAGCAGAACGGGGAAGUGGAAAUGGAUGUUGCACUACAGAGACAGCCGUCGGCUGAAAGAAAAUGCAAGGUUGAGUGCAGAGGCAAAAGAGAAGAAGCACUUCCUAAACUGGUGCCAAGAAACUGGAAUAUUGGAGGUCUUGCCUUAUCAUGAGUGUGACCUCAUGUCAAAAGAUCAGCCCGACUAUCUGUCAUGUUUGGCCCGGUUGCAGGUCCAGAAUAUAUCAGCCCGUUGUCCUGUUUUUAUAACCGAUACAACAACAGACAGCGCAUUUGGAAAGAAUGGGAUUUUAACAACAACGUUCGAGUCUUUCCUGACGUAUUCUCCAAGCAAAACAUUUACAGCCUGACUUGGAAAAAGUCCGAUGGACACACAAGUUAUGCUAUUUCAAGAACACAACGAUGAAAUACUCACUGGAUGUGAGGAGAAACCAGUAACGUACCAUUUUAUGGUGAUAUCAAACAUAUUACUGUACAUUGUACGGAGCAAUAAUUAUUGAUUCAUGAUUUUACAUGUUUUUUUUUUAUUGUUCAUAUUUCAACUAAGUUAUCAUUCAGUUAAUGGAUAGAGUGAGAAAAAUGCCAAUAUACAGGCAGGUGUACUGUAUAUACUGUAUGCAUUUUGUAUUAUAUUUGUAUUGUAAAAUGUUUUUUUACAGUGUAUAUUUUGUUUUCUUUGAUAUCUUGACUUUAUAUAUUUGCAGCACAAUCAUUAUUAUCUUUAGUUUUUAGGUAAAAUUCAACAAAUUGCUUAAAAGCUAAAUUAGGCUGUUUUCUAAUGGUGUAUAAAUAUAUAUAUUUAAGUAUACUACUGUACACUGUUAAGGUUGCUGACAGUGAUUCUUAACAAUUGAGUGUUAAAUAGUUGGAGCACAGCAAUUUAACAUUAAUACUAAUAAGUUAAUAUGUUUCAUGUACAGGGCAAUUUGACUGAGAAUAAAGAGAUUUCUUUAA